AUGGCUAACUUUGUUAGAAAGAUGGUCUCCAAGAAGAAGAGGAGGUUCGAAUGGGGAAACUUCGAUUUGGACCUCACUUAUAUUACAGACAGGAUCAUUGCAAUGGGCUUCCCAAGUGAGUCCAUCGAAGGUCUCUACAGGAACAACAUGCGUGAUGUCCAACGAUUCUUCCAAACACUUCAUCCAGGUCACUAUAAAGUCUACAACUUAUGCAGCGAACGCAAAUAUCCGCACGACAAGUUUGCAAACAAUGUUAGCGAGUAUCCAUUUGACGAUCAUAACCCUCCACCCUUGCAGAUGAUAAUAGACUUUUGUUAUGAUGUGGAGAGAUGGUUGGAUGAGCAUCCAGAGAACGUGGCGGCAAUACAUUGCAAGGCGGGCAAGGGCCGCACUGGCACAAUGAUCGCCUGUUUCCUGCUCUACAACAAGUCCUGCCAGACGGGCUCUGAAUCUAUCCGCAUGUUUGGAAACAAGCGCACACACAAUGGCAAAGGAAUCACCAUCCCAAGCCAGUCGCGCUACGUGCGCUACUUUGAGGCGCUGCUGCAGUACGGCCGGCCCAUCCCACCAAUCCCCACAGUGACCAAGGUGCUCUCGUUGAUUCGCAUCAACCCUCUGCCCAACUUUGCCCUUGCGGGUGGAUGCGAUCCCUUCCUGGCCAUUGGACAGCGCGACAAGAGCGUCUUCUACACCAAGCCGAUCAAGAUCAGGAAGGGCUCGCAGAUCGUCGAGGUGGACUGCGGCAACAUUUUGUUGUCCAACGAUGUCAAGGUGCAGUUCUUCAACAAGAGCUCAAAGGGCCACAUGUUCAGCUUCUGCUUCCACACGGCCUUCAUUGACGGUCCCAAGAUGCACAUCAGACGUCUGGAGAUCGACAAGGCUCACAAGGACAACACGCACAAGAACUUUCAUCCCAACUUCUCGAUCGAGUUGCAGUUCAGCGACAUUGACAGCGAUGAACACGACGAUGGUGUGUCGACGUCAUCGUCAUCGUCGUCAUCGACCACUGGCGCCUCGCAGUCAGCUGACGGCACGUCCACCGCUGGCGCCUCACCAUUUGGCCAGCAAACGACCUAUCAGACUGGUCUGACAAAGAUGUACAACAACAACAGGAAGUCCAAGUUCUUUGGACCUGAUGUGACCAAGGAUGGUGCGAAUAAUGGAGGACACGAGCGAAAGGUGUCCAACCAACUCUUCACCUGUCCCAAGUGUCAAGAGCAGAUCCUCCCUGGCGAGGUCUCCCUCAACGAUGGCAAGAACAACUAUCACUGGCGAUGCAUGAAGUGUAACAAUUGCCAAAAGUCAUUGUCCAAUGAGAGCGACUGUUUGUUCCAAGAGAACGGAGACAUUCACUGCACAGACUGUGCCAAUAAGAGUGGAACAGAGUUCUUUAAGAUGUGCAAUGGAUGUGACAAGGUCAUUAAGACAUCGUACUAUGAGGAGGUUGGAGAUAUGACAUUCCACAGCGAAUGCUUUGCCUGCUCAGUCUGCCACACUGAGCUGCCAGGCAAGGAGUUUGCCAUUAAGGGCGGUCGUUUACAGUGCACACAAUGUAUCAACAAGGAGAAGGAGUUCAAUCAGCGACUGACGUUGAGUGACAGGAUGAUGAAGAACCUCAACAUCGCCCCGGCACCUGAACCGCCUGCCAUAGUGGUGCUCCCACCCACGCCCGCGCCACCCGUCGUGGCGCCCAGACAGCCUGACCCACCCGUACCCGUGGUCAUGUGCCAGCGAUGUAACAAACCAGUUGGAUUGCGACCACUCGUACUGGACAUUGGUGUGUGGCACAAGGCCUGCUUCUCCUGUGCCGAGUGUGACCGUGUCAUUGACACAUCCAUAUACUACAUCAAAGAUGACAAGCCAAUAUGUUGUGAUUGUGAUAGACGAUCAAAUAAGGUGGCAGCAGAGGAGUUCAUAUGCUUUGGCUGCAAGAAUGUUAUUAUGGACGAGGAGAUGAUGGAUGCCAUUGGAGAGAAGUGGCAUGUACAUUGCUUGACAUGCUCAGUGUGCAGGAGGCAUAUUGACGGACCAUUUGGCGACCACGAUGGCAUCAUCUAUUGUAAAGAGGACUAUGAGCGACUGUUUGGAACGACCUGUGACAUCUGUUCCAACACAAUCAUUGGAACAUAUCUCAAAGUGAAUGGAAGGAACUUGCAUCAGCAAUGCUUCAGAUGUCAUAGCUGCAACUGUGUGUUGGAGGGUGGCAAAUACUUCCCUCGAGGCGAUCACCAGAUAUGCAACCGAUGCAGGAUAGAUGAGUCACAGAGGAGGAAGUUACAACAACAACUCAACACAUACCAGAACAACAGCAGCAACACGCAUCAAUCACCUACAACAACAUCACCAAGAUCAAACUAUGACAACAACAACAACAACAAUAACAACAACUAUUACACCAACAACAACAACAACUAUAACAAUAACUAUAACAAUAAUCACAAUGACGAUAAUACAUACUCGCCAAGAAUUGGACAUGGACCAACUUCAUCGUCGACGACGACAACAUCACCAGCACCAGAACCAAUAUUAUUUGUAAAGAAGCCCAAUCCAACAAGACUGUCAACAAGAGUCAAGGUGAAUGAUAUGAAGGAGAACAACAAGACCAACAACAACAACAACAAUGUCGAUACAUGGAGCAACGCUUUCCACAGACAAAUGGAGAGAAGUUCAUUCAAAGCCGCCCGGCCAUCCAAAGAUCCAAGAUCAACCCGAAAGGAUUUCCUCGGUACCAAGCAGACGAGUAACUAG